ACCAUGACCUGCCAACCAGAGACAUACUACCUCACCCCGAACCAGCACUGCCCCAACAACGACUGGCCGGUCCUCAUCUAUCGAGACUGUCUUCCCCUCCCUCUGUCCGAGGAAAAGACCACUGCGUUUCUAGAAUCUCACGCCUGGGAGAAGAAAGGCGUCUGGGGCCAUAUCGCGUAUAGGCAUUUCCACCCAAACACACAUGAAUGCUACGGUGUUUUUCAGGGCGAAUCGACUAUCCUGGUGGGCUGCGGCACGAAUGACACGGGUGGUGGCCAGGAAAUCGAUGUCCGAGCUGGAGAUGUCAUUGUUCUACCAGCGGGGACGGGCCAUUGCUCGCUUCAGAGUAGUCCAGAUUACCGAUAUAUAGGUGUUUAUCCUGAGGGUUCCCCGAAGUGGCGUAGCGAACUGGGAAAGGAGGCCGUUGGGAAUAAGUAUACGGAAGAGAUACGGAGCGUCGCGUUGCCGGCGCAGGAUCCUGUCAAUGGCUCCGAAGGGCCGUUGUUGAGCUUGUGG